AUGUCCGCCGCCCCCCUGGGGCAGCCCGCCCCGCAGGCGGGGCGGCCUGGCGCCGAUGCCGCCUGCGUCGCAGGCGCUGGCCCAGACGCCCCGCCGGGCGCCGCCGCCCCUCCGUGCGAGGGCGCGGCCGCCGGCGGGUCGGUUCCAGGGCAGCCCUGGGCGCGCCCGCCCGCGGAGGAGCGGCUCGAGGACGUCGGCCUGGCGGCGAUGAUGUCCGUGGACGGCACCGCCAUCUACACCUCCUGCGCCAUCUGCAACAAGAGCUUCCCGGACACGGACAAGCUAGAGGGUCGGCACGAGGUGAAGCUGCUCCCCUGCUUCCACUGCGUCUGCGGGCCCUGCCUGCAGUCGGCCCUGGACACCCACGCCGGCGACGUCAACUUCGCCUGCCCGCUGUGCCGGAAGAGCUCGUUGAAGAAGUCUCUGCACGAGUACCUUCCGCACUUCGAGGUGCACUCGGAGAUCGACAAGGCACAGGUGGCGCAGCGGGACUUCUGCUGUGAGGAGUGCGUCUCGGGCAACCGUGCCGAGGUCUACUGCUCGCACUGCGUCAUGAACCUGUGCGGGAUGUGCGCGAGGCAGCACGGCCGCGCCAAGGCGACGGCCCGGCACGAGCUGAGCAGCCUCUGCGAGGAGGACAGCUCCGGCCGCGUCGUCCGGGUGCACCGCGCGCAGUUCUGCGCGAGCCACCGCCGGAGCCGCUACGAGCUCUUCUGCGAGACCUGCGAUACGGUGAUCUGCAGGGAGUGCGCGAUGACCAGCCACCAGAGCCACAACUACAAGCUGCCGUCCGCGUCGCUGGUGGAGAGGCACCGGAGGGGCAUCCAGGACCUGGUCGACAGCCUCAACAGCGGCCUCCUGAGCGCCCAGGAGUGCCACCGCGAGAUCAACCGCAGCUGCGAGGCCACCGCGGCCACGGUCCAGAAGGCCAAGGCCAGUGCGGACCGCGACUUCGACGAGCUGCUGAGGGCAGCCGAGGCGCGCUGCGCGGAGCUUGCCCUCGGCCUGCUCAGCGGCUGCAGGGGCGUGCGAGCCGGCCUGGAGGCCGAGAAGAGCCGCUGCUCUGCCGCACUGGUGGACCUCUGGCGCACCAUCGAUUUCCUCGAGAAGGUCCUCUCGAGGGGCACGGACGUGGAGGUGCUGCAGAUGAAGUGGCUCUUCAAGGAGACGAGGCAGCUGAGACUGAUGGAGCAGUGGGCCUCGCUGGCAUCCGAGAGCUCGAUCAGCUUAAGCUGCCCCGACCUCGAAGCGGGCUGGCGGUCUGUCGCGGAGCGGGACGCCCUGCUCGGCUGCAUCUCCAGCUUCGGCAGCUGUGCAUCGCUUCGCCCCGCGUUCCGGGAGGGCGCGCGCAGCUGGGACGCCGCCGACCCCGAGGCCGAGGCGCUGCCGGCGGCGAUCGUGGCGCCCGCGGCGCCAGCGGCGCUGGCGGCGCCCGCGGUGGCGGCGGCGGCUCCGUGA